AUGAAUUCUGACUCCAGCUCUGUCUCUAGCAGAGCUUCCUCGCCAGACAUGGAUGAGAUGUAUCUGAGAGACCACCACCACCACCACCACCAUCACCACCACCAAGACAGCCGGCUCAACUCUGUCUCCUCCACCCAGAACGACCUGGUGCAGAAGAUGUCCGGAGAAGGCCUCACCAGGAACGGCUCCAAGGCCGGAGGGGAAGGCAGCAAGUACAAAAUCAAGAAGCAGCUUUCGGAGCAGGACCUGCAGCAGCUGCGGCUGAAGAUCAACGGUCGGGAGCGUAAGAGGAUGCAUGACCUCAACCUCGCCAUGGACGGACUGCGGGAGGUGAUGCCCUACGCCCACGGACCUUCCGUGAGAAAACUCUCCAAAAUCGCCACCUUACUGCUAGCCAGAAACUAUAUCCUGAUGCUCACCAGCUCCCUGGAGGAGAUGAAGAGGCUGGUCGGGGAAAUCUACGGGGGGCACCACUCGGCCUUUCACUGCGGCACGGUGGGACACUCCACCGGGCACCCUCCCCACGCCGCCGGCACUGUGCACCAGGUGCACCCCAUCCUUGGCAGUGCCUUGUCCUCCGCCAACACCUCCUCCUCCCUCUCCGCCUCCCUGCCGGCCAUCGGCACCAUCCGGCCCCCACACUCCCUGCUCAAGACCCCCUCGACACCCCCCGCCCUGCAGCUCGGCAGCGGCUUCCAGCACUGGGCGGGCUUGCCGUGCCCCUGCACCAUCUGCCAGAUGCCUCCCCCGCCCCACCUCUCGGCCCUCACCGCGUCCAACAUGGCCAGGAUCUCGGGGGAGACCAAGGACCUCCUGAAGUGA